AAGGCUUCCAGGCUUUUGUUAACAAACUGGAUCCCAGCUACAUCCUCCCAACCAGAAAGGCACUAAAAGCCAUGGUUCAGGCCAAGUACUGUGCAGCCAAAGAGAAUGCAAUGGCUGAGGUAAAGCAGGCUGCUUAUGUCAGCCUGACCUCUGAUAUGUGGACUUCAAUAAAUAUGCAUGGCUAUCUGGGUGUCACGUGCCAUUAUGUCACAGCUGAAGCCAAACUGACCACAGUUCUCCUUUGUGUCAGCCAAUUUCCCAAGACACACACUGCUGCUCACAUCACGGAGUCCAUGAGUGUGCUAAUGACGGACUGGGGAAUCAGUGGCAAGAUACACUGCAUGGUGACUGACAAUGCAGCCAAUCUUGUUGCCACUGCCCAGCUGCUGAAAGUUCGUUAUGUGCCAUGCUUUGCCCAUACCCUGAAUCUGGUAGUAAAGAAGGCAAUUGACCAGACCCCCAAGCUCCAGGAAAUUCGUCAAAAAGCAAAGAAAAUUGUGUCUUUGUUUAGGUCAAGUUGCAAUGCUAAGGAAAAACUAUCGGAGAUGCAGCAGCUAAUGGGCAGGCCAGUGCAGAAGGUGGUUCAAGAAGUGGACACCAGAUGGAACAGCACUUAUGACAUGCUGCAGCGUCUGCAUGACCAACGUGAGGCAGUUGGUGCUGCCCUCUCUAAUUUAAAUACAGAGGUUGUUCCCUUAAGUGGGGAGUAUGAUAUUAUUAAUGAAUGCCUGACCCUCCUCCUUCCACUAAAACAUGCAACAACUGAGAUGUCUGCAGAGAAAACGGUGUCUGCAUCAAAAAUGAUCGCACUAUAUCGCAUGUUGCAACACAACGUCUCGGAGAAGAGUACCAAGGUGACCAGGGAGGAGUCCAUACAAUUAGGUAGGCUGCGAUGAUCCAAAAACAUUUUUGUACAAUGAAUAGUUGUGUCCCUUUAACAUUGAUUAUUGCUAUUUUCUGUCUUAGGUGUGCAUCUGCAGGAAAGCUUACGCUCCAGAUUCCAUACACUGGAAUCCAUCCAGGUUUUGGCCUUGGCUACGCUGCUGGAUCCAAGAUUCAAAACUAUUGGCUUUGGCAAUCCAGACCGUGUAAGAGAGGCUGAGAGACAACUCACCUUGGAAUGCGCAUCCCUAAUGCGGUCCUCGCCAGACUCUGUGCACGUGACACCCCAAGAGCCACAGCCUUCAACAUCAGCCCUGGCCCCAUCCUUGGAAGUAGCAUGUCCCACAGACCAUCUAUGGCAACUUUUGGACUUGCGUGUUUCCGAGGCUCAAAGAGUCCAUAGUGCCACUGCAGAUGCCACUGUGGAGGUGAAGAGAUAUUUAACAGAUGCCUAUCUUGGUAGACAAGAAGAUCCACUCCUGUAUUGGAAAGAGAGAAUAACUGUUUACCCCAAUCUUUAUCAGUUUGCCAUCAAAUAUCUUUGUCUGCCAGCAACGUCUGUUCCCAGUGAACGCAUUUUUUCAAAGGCUGGGGAAGUCCUCUGCAAAAAAAGGAGUUGCCUGAAGCCCAGCACAGCAGAGCAGAUCAUUUUUCUGAAUAAAAAUGUCUAAAACUGC